CGAGCGGGGGUUGGGACAUGUAGACGCAACACCUCGUGGAUACAUUUAGCUUUGCAUUUAGCUAUAGCUUUACUCGGGACGCCUAUAGAUAAGGAUAGCAGCUAACAACCACUGCAGCUUAAAGAACGUUUUUAAAAUAAGUACCAAAGCCUCAUACUUGUUGUGAAACGGUUUAUUUUGUGGGGCUUUGUGUCCCACUCCUUCCCUCAUGGAUCACAGUUAUCCUGGCAGGGAAAAGCGCUGUCUCUACAUCGCCGUGUCUGACUUGUGUAAAGCAUCAGGAAUGGAAUCUGCUGGAAAUCACCAUCUCCCCUGUCUGCGAAGGGAUCGGCUUGCUAGGUCUUACAUUUGAAGAAACAGGGAUACUAGACAAAUUCAUAAAUUGGCCUUCCUCAAAAAUACUGUCUUCGUUUUCUUGUUGGACAGUGAGUAACGUGAGGAUAUCCCAUGGAGGUCAAAGAUAAAACACCUUCGAAGGGAUCAAGAAGGCAGUAGUUUGUUUUAUAAAGGACAAUUCCAAAAUGCCAGAGGGAACAGAAAUGAAAGGAAAACGAAACCACUUCCUAUACAACUAGAAAAGAGACACCAUGGAAAUGACCAGCCCGAUGGGAAGAGGAGAACUCACGCACCCCUUUUUCCGUCUCUCCAUGAAAAACAGCGGAUGUAAACCAGCGCUGAGAGGCAAAAUGGUCAAUGCUGAAGCGUUUUCACGUCCCCUGAGCCGGAAUGAAGUGGUCGGGUUAAUUUUUCGUUUAACCAUAUUUGGUGCUGUAACAUACUUUACCAUUAAAUGGAUGGUCGAUGCCAUUGACCCGACCAGAAAGCAGAAGGUAGAAGCUCAGAAACAGGCUGAAAAACUAAUGAAGCAAAUUGGAGUGAAAAAUGUCAAGCUUAGUGAAUACGAAAUGAGUAUCGCUGCGCAUCUCGUAGACCCACUUAGCAUGCAUGUGACCUGGAGUGAUAUUGCAGGCCUAGACGAUGUUAUUACAGAUUUGAAAGACACUGUCAUUUUGCCCAUCAAGAAGAAAUACUUGUUUGAGAAUUCCAGGCUCUUACAGCCGCCGAAAGGAGUGCUGCUCUACGGCCCUCCCGGCUGUGGUAAAACGCUGAUCGCCAAAGCUACAGCCAAGGAAGCGGGUUGUCGAUUCAUUAAUCUCCAGCCUUCAACGCUGACGGACAAAUGGUAUGGAGAGUCACAAAAGCUGGCUGCUGCUGUCUUCUCCCUUGCUAUAAAGCUCCAACCGUCCAUCAUUUUUAUUGAUGAAAUAGAUUCCUUCUUACGAAGCCGGUCGAGUUCUGACCACGAAGCUACUGCCAUGAUGAAAGCUCAGUUCAUGAGCCUGUGGGACGGGCUGGACACCGAUUAUAACUGCCAGGUCAUCGUGAUGGGAGCCACCAACCGACCUCAGGAUCUGGACUCGGCCAUCAUGAGAAGAAUGCCCACCCGCUUUCACAUCAACCAACCUGCUCUGAAACAAAGAGAAGCCAUCUUGAAGCUAAUUUUGAAGAAUGAAAAUCUCUCAAAAAAGGUGAAGACUGGAAAAGAUCUCAGACAGGUGGACAGACACGUAGAUCUCCUCCAAGUCGCUAAAGAGACCGACGGCUUCUCUGGCAGCGAUCUGAAGGAAAUGUGCCGGGACGCGGCGCUCCUCUGCGUCAGGGAAUACGUCAAUUCUGCCUGCGAAGAAGAGGCCCAUGACGAAGAUGAAAUUCGGCCCGUGCAGCAGCAAGAUCUCCAGAGGGCGAUUGAGAAGAUGCGGAAAUCCAAGGACGCCACGCUGCAGAAUGUCUUGAUGCACGUUAGCUUAGAUUAAGGCAACAAGAGUGUGUUUGCAGUUUCUGAUCUGAUUUAGUUUGACUUGUGUUAGUUAGCAAAAAAAACCCAACAUCACAGGGUGGGACGUUCCUUGAAUAAGGGAAUUCUGUUUCUGGAAUUGUUUUUAUACGACGAAUCCUAAGUUAUUGAAAUUUCGUCUCGCGCAACGAGAAGUGUAACGGUAGGUCGUGAAGUGGAACAAUUAUCGCCCAGACCAAGAGCAAUCGCCUGUGUCAUGUCCCGCAAUCGCUGCUACGUGUCGCCUUAAAACAGGAUCUGAGGUGGUGCAGGGUGGAAGGGAGACGAUCCGGCACCAGUCUGUGUAUAUACGUACCAGCCUGUGUCUAUGUAUUAAAUGUAUAUAUCCACACUUCUUUUUUUUUUUUUUUAUAUAGAGACAUAAUCUGUAGAUAACUCGAGUAUGGAAAAAUCUUUUCUACUUACUGAACCAAACCAAAUCGGGAGAUGUAUAGAUUGAAAUUCACUGAUACUCGGUUCAUGUUUCCUCCUUCCUUCUAGCAGCCAAUCUGAAGGCAGAAACUGCUGCUUCUGGGAUGUCUUUCAGGCAACAUUUGAAAUGUUACUGAUUUUUCUUUCACAUGACCACUUGAAAUCCAGUGCCAUUUAGUAAAGAUAGUGAACUACUGUAAAAAAAGUUGGAAUAAUUUUUAUUUUGUAUGAAUUCUGCUUCUUGAGGCUUUUAAAAUGAAUGCUGCUUUUAUUUUUAUUUUUCCCUUGCUGUGAGUCGUUAGAGUAGAAUCUUGAACUGUUCUUUUCAUAAAGUCCCACUGAUAAACUCUCUGAA